CUAUUUGUCCCUUUCUCUUACUUUUAUUUUCUUCACACCUGCACACCCUCAAAAUCUCUUACACUAGAAGCUUCCACUUCGGAAUUAGGGUUUAUCGACGGGGUUUUGGGCCAUUGAAACUUACCACAAAACCCAAACCCUCGUUCUGAACCUUUAACCAUUUCCCGAUUACAACCCGUGUAGAGCUUCCCAAUGGUACGCUCCAAUGGCGCCAGGCUCCUCCGCUUGGUUUCUCGUCGCCGUCUCUCGGCAAAAGAACCCAUAUAUGGGACAGUGUUCCAAAGGAGUUAUAGGACACUGAAUUCAGGACUUUGCAAUCCAUCUAGAGUCAUCGCAAGUUAUCCUCCAAACGCUGCAGGUGGUUUUAAUUUGAAGAACUGGUUGCCACUGGGAGCAGCAAAUAAAUAUUGGGGAACAUCUAGGACCAUUCAUGGCACGGCUUCAUUGGCAAGAGACUAUUACGAUAUUCUUGGUGUCAGUAGGAAUGCAAGUGCUUCUGAAGUAAAGAAAGCAUACUAUGGGCUUGCAAAGAAGCUUCAUCCGGACACAAACAAAGAUGAUCCUGAAGCUGAAAAGAAGUUUCAAGAAGUUUCAAUGGCAUAUGAGGUUUUGAAGGAUGAAGAGAAGCGUCAACAGUAUGAUGAGGUUGGUCAUGAUGCUUAUGUAAACCAACAAAGCACUGGUUUUGGAGAUAGCAGUGGAUUUAAUCCGUUUGAGCAGAUAUUCCGUGAUCAUGAUUUUGUCAAGAACUUUUUUCAUCAGAAUAUUGGUGGAGAGGAUGUCAAGACUUUUGUGGAAUUAUCAUUUAUGGAAGCAGUCAUGGGAUGUACCAAAACUAUUACAUAUCAAACAGAUGUGCGUUGCCAAACUUGUGGUGGGAGUGGUGUUCCUCCUGGUACAAAACCUGAAACUUGUAAACGCUGUAAAGGGACAGGAAUGACAUAUGUACAAGCUGGCAUAUUUAGGAUGGAGAAAACAUGUGGUACAUGUAAGGGAAUGGGCAAAAUUGUAAAGAAUUUCUGCAAGUCAUGCAAAGGUGCAAAAGUAAUUAAAGGAACAAAGUCCGUCAAAUUGGAUAUUGCGCCUGGGAUGGACAACAAUGAAACUCUAAAAAUAUGUAGAAGUGGUGGUGUAGAUCCUGAUGGGGAUCACCCUGGUGAUCUUUAUGUUACUCUCAAGGUCCGAGAAGAUCCUGUCUUUCGUCGAGAAGGAUCUGAUAUUCAUGUAAAUGCUGUUUUAAGUAUUACUCAGGCAAUUUUGGGUGGAACCAUCCAUGUUCCAACACUCACUGGAGAUGUUGUUCUUAAGGUUCGUCCUGGUACCCAACCUGGUCAAAAGGUGGUUCUAAAAAAGAAAGGGAUCAAGUCCCGGAAUUCUUAUACAUUUGGGGAUCAAUAUGUUCAUUUUAACGUCGGCAUCCCAGCAAACCUGACAGAGAGACAACGGGAAUUGAUUGAGGAAUUUGCCAAGGAAGAGCAAGGGGAAUUCGAUAACAAAGAGAGAGCUGCUUCUGCUUCUGGAUGAAACUUCUGCAGAGUUAAAAUUAGUCAUUUAUUAACAAAUCAUGCUCAACUAGGCGGGGAAGCAACCUGCCGUUUAAGUUUUGUAGGAGAAUUAAGGAUUGGUAUUUUUUGAUCCCAUCCACUUUUGAUUGUAUGUAGUAAUAUAAUAUUAUAUCAUUUUUUUCCAUAACAAGUGAUGUUCACAAUUUCAAUUGAAUUAUAAUACAAGCUCUUGAAGCACAUGUAGACCAUAGUAAUCUAGUCUGUAAAUAAAACCCUAUAAGAAUGGGUGCAAGUCAAGAAAACUUUACUCAUCUUUGAAUCCGGGGCUAUACGCCAACGAGAUAGUUCUUCAAUUGGAAUAAAAAUAUUACCACUUUUACGUU